AUGACAUACCCGCAAGUGGCAGCUUUCGACUUGGACUACACAGUCUGGCCAUGUUUUUGUGAUACACAUUUGAGUCCACCAUUUAAGCCUUUAGCCAGCAAAAACGGCGAAGUUCGCACACUCAUCGAUUCUUGCGGCUAUGAGGUAUCAUUCUAUAAAGAUGUUCCACGUAUUUUGGCCGAUUUGAAAAGCCACGAUGUCAAGAUAGUCUCAGCCUCGAGAACAUGGGCCCCAGAGAUCGCUCGCGAUCUUCUGAAGGGCUUCAAAGUGGAAUACGAAGGUCAGAUCGUACCGUUAAUCACUUUGUUCGACUCCUUACAAUGGGGUGAGAAGAGUAAGGUUAUACACAUCCGCGACGGAAUCAAAGACAUUUUUGGCAAAAAGGCAGAUAUAAGAGACUACACAGCAUGUCUUUUCGAUGACGAAACGAGAAAUCGAGACGUGGAAAAAUACGGCGUGAAAUACGUAUACGUACGUGAUCCUGAAACCGGCACUACAUGGGAACUGUAUCAGAAGUAUCUCAACAGUAUCUAA